AUGGUGAGCGCGGCGGACCCCAUUAUGGCCUCAGAGCAUUUUACACAGAUGAGGCGUGAAGAUCAUAGGAACUCAAGCGAUGGGCCGGAUAUAGAGGACAAAGAAAAGAUGUCGAGAAGGACGACCCAAGUGAUGGAUACCGUAGAGGCGCCGAUUAGCCGAACCCCUAGCAUUUUGCAAGACGAGGAACCCAUAGCGGACGAGAUCGAUUACCGCUUUUGGAUGAAUCUUGCUAGCUAG